ACCCCCAGCGAUCCUUGCGCGGCGAGCACUGGCCGCGCAGGCGCACUCUGGCUCCUAGCUCCCUGGUUGCCUUAGUAACCGUUUGGCAGCCCCGACCUCGACAGCUUUCUGCGCCGGCGCCAAAAUGAAGCCCUUCAAACCCGAAGCCGAGCUCCAGCAGUUCUAUCACCGGCUGCUGCUGCCGCUGUCGCUCUUCCCCAGCAGCAGCACGGCGAGCCCGGAGGCGGCGAGCCCGCAGCGCCCCGCGCUGGAGCUCCCCGCGCUCCCGUUCCUGCCGGUGUCCCGGCUGACCGUGGCGUCGCUGUGCCGCCGGGUGACCAAGCGGCUGGCCCGGUGCGAGCUGGCGGAGCGGGUGCCCGCCGGCGGCCCGCAGCGUUUCCUGGAGGUCAUCCUGAACGAGCUGAAGUGCAGCUGGCAGGAGCCUCCCGCCGAGCCCAGCCUGAGCCACAUCGACAACCAGAGGCUGCGGAAGCGGGUGCUGAUGUACGUGCUGCUCAGCUGCGAGCAGCUCUACCUGCGCUACCUGCGCCGGCUGAAGACCAUGCCGACCGCCACGCACGUCUUCACGGAAGCCGCCACGGUCACCCGGCUGGCCGCCCACCUCGCCAGGGACUGCACCAUCUUCCUCACCAGCCCCGAGGUCUACCGCAGCCUGCUCGCCGACUUCCGCUCCCUGCUGAAGCUGGAGCAGGCCCGGGGCGGCAUCUGCAAGCUGCGCUCCUCCGGGCGCAUGUCGACUUCCAGGGCUCACGGGCCCCGCGGCUCCAGCUUUGCCGAAAUACCUGACUGCAACCUCAGCCUGAACUACCUCAUCCAACUCAGCCGCUCGCGAGAGUUUCUCAGCGAGACCAGACCCGAUCCUGUGAAGGAACUGAAGUCCAUCCCUCUGCUGAAGAGGAGGAGGACUCUCCGCUGGCUGCCUGGCUUGCGGAAGAAGGUAGAAAGCUUCACUCCGUCACAGGUGGGGUCGCUGCCCAGGUACUCGGUGACUCUCACCAGCCUGUCUCCCGCCGUCUCCUACCCGCCUCUCCACGCCCGGCUCCAGAAGGGCCAGUCCAUGCCCUCUCUGCGUGAGGGCUGGAAGCUGGCAGAUGAAUUGGGCCUCCCUCCGCUCCUCCCUCGUCCCUUGACCCCACUGGUCCUGUUCGCAGAGAGCAAACCCGAGCUGGUAGAGGACAUGGUGGCCGAGGACCUGAAGCAGAUAAUGAAGAACAUGAAACUGGAGCGGGCUCCCUACUCACCGAUGGACUCAGACGUGUCCCCGCUCCUGGGGGCCCUGACCCACGACCCAGCCACGGCGCAGCGCAUAGCAGAGAUGCAGAGGAUGCUGAGUGAGGAAGAAGAAACGUCUGCGCAGGGGGGGCCCCAGCUCCCCACACCCCCUCCACUUCACCCACAGCCGGUGACAAUUACUUUGAAGCUAAGAAAUCAGAUGGUGGUCCUGGCAGCUGGCGUACAGGUCUCUGAGAGAAAGUUUUUGGAUUCCUUCCACAUUGAAGGGGCCGGAGCCCUAUACAACCACCUAGCUGGUGAGCUGGACCCCAAACUCAUCGAGGACAUGGAUAUUGAUCGCUUCGUUGGGAACAGCAUCCGGGAGGUCUACAAAGAGCUGAUGAGCCGUGUCUCUAUCGACCACUUCUCGUUCAACCAGGGACCCUUGGUUGAGCCUGCAACCAAUAAAGACUGGUCCAUGUUCCUGUUCUCAGCUCUUCUGCAUCUAGAGAAGCAGCAUCGUGCCAUCAACCCCAAGCUGGCCGGUCUUUCUCCCAAGAGAUUAUCAACUGUGCAAUCCUCUAUUUCAUCAUCCCAAGGAAACAGAGACCUGGAGGGACAGACAUACAAGGCCUUGGGGACGAACUGGUCGAGAAACGCCUUGUCGUUGAAUGACUAUUUCAAAUACCUCACCAACCAGGAGACAGACUUCCUCCACGUCAUCUUCCAGAUGUACGAAGAGGAUGUUCCUAAAGAGAUGGAGGCCCCUGUCACAGAGUCGCUAAAGAUUCAGCCCCCACCUCCAUUGCUAGAGGACGAAGAGCCAGAUUUUGUGCCGGGAGAGUGGGAUUGGAACACGGUGCUGGGGCACAGUCUAGAAACUGGGAGGACCAGCCUCCUGGGAGAACCUCGCAAACUCCUGCAUCUGCAGAAGCGUCUGGAGCGGUUGUGGUCCACUCUGGAGGUUCCUGACAAGGACCGGCUGGACAUGGCUAUCAAGUACAGCUCCAACGCCCGUCUGAUGCAGCUGCCUUUAUUGGUGAGCGCCUGGGAGCAGACCCUGCAGCCCAUUCAGCUGCGGGAGAUAGUGAUGGGGAAACUGGAGAGGUUUGAGCGACUCGCCUCUGACCCCAACCGCUUCUUCCAAAAGGCUGAGAUGGAUCUGACUCGCUUAUUGGAGGAGAAUCAAGUCCGAAUCUGCCUGCACAAGAAGCUCAGUCAGAUGGAGGCCCCGCUGGCUUCCCUCCUAGAGGAGGUGGAGGCCGUCUUUGGUGAGCCGGUGACGUUCAGGGGGCAGCGCUACCUGGACAAGAUGAAGCUUGACAGGGUGGAGAUGCUCUACUGGCUGCAGCAGCGGCGGCGGAUGCACCAGCUGGCCGGGGCCCAGAAAGCCUCCCACCGGUCCGCCAUAUUCUGCAGGCUCAGCAGGCAGCCUGUAACAGCCCGCAGGAGUACUCCUAGGCCAAGUACCCUCUAACCCCUCCCUCAGCCCCCCACCCCAGCAGCUCAUCCAGACCUCUUGACUGCUUGGAAAGAAGAAAUAUCUGGGAGUGCAGGGUUCAAGAACAUAGCGUUUCUAACUACCAAGGGACUGAGAUCAACACUUUAUUUUGACAGUGAAAUUCUUCUAAAAGAAUCCCCAAGGCCAGUAUUCCCAUUUAUGUCAAGCUAAGCACAGUACAGCCAACAUCUCAUGUGUCAAAAGAACUGAGACCGUCGCUUGGAGUUCGUUGUAAUGGAACACCAUCAACUUUGGAAUAGCUGGGCAUUUCUAUGAUGCUACAUUAAAUGGGCUGGCAGAGCCCCAAAUCAGCAGGCUCUGUGGCAUGAUGGUUAAGAGCUAGAGUUAGCAGAUGUGGGUUUAAAUUCUGGCUGUGUACAAACUACUUAACUGCUCUGCACCUGGACCACCGUAUGUCAGAUGAAGGGUUGAGUCCAGGUUGUCACUUCUUCCAGUUUUAGCAUAAAAUUUUUUAUUAAAAUUUCAAUCAAUUAAUACAAGCAUAUGGUACAAAGUAUACAAGGGUAUGUACUGAAAAGUAAGGCUCCUUCCCAUUUUUACCUCUUAAUAACUGAGUUCCCCUCCCUGAGGGUUACAGCUGUUAACCAGUUUCUUGUGUAUCUUUUUUUUUUAAAAUAUGUUUUAUUGAUUUUGUACAGAGAGGAAGGGAGAGA